CCUCCGCACAGACGUCAUACAUCUCGCAGCAUCCCAUCCCAACCCAUCCCACCUUUACGGUUUCACAGUUUCACAGUUUCAGUUUCAGUUUUAAUUGCCCACCAUGCCUCUCCGCCUACGAAAACCGCCCUCCAUUCCGCGAACGCGGGUACGACUCGCUGCCCCCGCCGCCGCUGCCGGCCGCAAUCCCAUCCAUCGCCAGUUCUCGCGCCCAGCCGCGCAUCCCGCGCACCAGCACCGUCACCGUCCAAAAGGCUACAUACUCCCCACCGCCGCCGCCGCUCCCACCAGCAGCACCCCUCCCAUCAGCAGCACGCACUCCAACCCCCACCCCCAUCAACCAACGAUCUACGCGCUCUCGACACCCCCGGGCAAAUCCGCGAUCGCCGUAAUCCGCAUUUCGGGCCCCUCCGCGCUCACGAUCUACCGCUCGCUGACCUCACCCACCACCACCUCCCCCACCGCCGCGCCAACCCCACGGCACGCGCUCCUCCGCACGCUGCACCACCCACAGACACGUGAGGUCCUCGACCCCGGCGCGUUAUGCCUGUUCUUCCCCGGGCCGCGCAGCCAUACAGGUGAGGACGUGCUGGAGCUUCACGUGCACGGCGGGGUGGCGAUUAUUCGCGCGGUGUUGGCGGCUGUGCCUGUUGCUGCUCAGGGAGCGGGAGGGGUAGGGGGAGCAGCUGGGGGGACGAGGUAUGCGGAGCCUGGCGAGUUCACGCGGCGCGCGUUCUAUAACGACCGGCUGUCGCUGCCGGAGAUCGAAGCGCUCGGGGAGACGCUGGAUGCUACGACUGAGGAGCAGAGGCGGCGCGCGGUCCGCGGUGCUGCUGGGGGGCUGGCGGAUAGGUAUGAGCGCUGGAGACGGCAGUUGGUGCUGGCACGGGGGGAGCUGGAGGCGCUCAUAGAUUUUGCGGAGGAUCAGCAUUUUGAGGAGAGUAACCGCGAGUUGGUGGCGGGGGUUGAGUUGAGGGUCAGGCAGUUAAGGGAGAGGCUAAGGGUCCAUGUGGGCAAUGCUGUCAGGGGGGAGUUGCUCAAGAAUGGCAUCUCGCUGUCGCUCGUCGGCGCGCCGAAUGUGGGGAAGAGCUCGCUGCUCAAUACCGUCGUCGGGCGGGAGGCGGUGAUUGUCAGUCCCGAGGCGGGGACCACGCGGGACGUGGUGGAUCUAGCCGUCGACGUGGGCGGGUUCAUGGUCGUGCUCGGGGACACUGCCGGGCUGCGGGUGGACGACGUGGGCGUCGGCAUGGUCGAGGAGGAGGGAAUAAAGCGCGCCCGUGCCCGCGCCAUGUCCGCCGACGUCGUCGUCGCGGUCGUCGACAUCGUCGUUAACGACGACCACUCCGUCGGAUUGCGCGUAUCCCCCGAGCUGGAAAAACUCGUCAACGAGGCGGAGGAGGCGGGGAAGGAGGUGGUCGCGGUGGUGAACAAGACCGAUCUGCACCCGGCCGCUGCGGACGCCCUGCCGAUGGACGUCGUCCGCCAGGUCAACGAUGCGUUCCCGAACAUCAGGGAUGACCGCAUAUUUGGCGUCUCCUGCCGCAAGCGGACCGAGCACGGCAUCCAGCGGCUGCUGAACGGGCUCACGGGGAUCUUCCAGCACAUGACCAGUCCGCUCAGUCCGACCGCGGGCGCCUCCGCCGCGGAAAUGUACGAGAGCAUUGGCGCCACCGAGCGCCAGCGCGUGCUCGUCGAGGCGUGCAUUUCGUUUCUGGAUGACUUUUUGGAGAUGGUUGAGGACGGCGAGGACGUGGAUGUGGUCGUUGCUGCCGAAGAGCUCCGAGGCGCGGCCGAGUGUCUGGGCCGGAUCACUGGGAGGGGGGAAAUGGCUGGGGAUGUCGAGGAGGUUCUGGGGGUUGUCUUUGAGAAG